GCAGCCCCAUCGAUGGUCUACCUCCCCGCCCACACCGUGGAGGAGAAGGUGGCUGCUUUAAGGGCAUGCCUGCCAGGGAUAGACCUCUACAACUUUCUCAAGGGCAUGCCAACCGCCUUGGCCAGGAGCAAACAGACCGUGCCGCGAGGCAUGGACCAACUCCGAGAACGUUUCCCGUCAGCGAGCAACCGAGAGCUAGUGCGGAUCGUGGAGUCGGCUCCAUCGUUGGUGCGCAUGAGCGGUGCCAACGGCUCACUGUCCAUCAAGGCAAGCGCAGAAAGGCAUUUUUUUGUUUCGGUGCCAACGGUCGAUAACUUGAUGUCCCUUCUUCCCGGGGUGAACGUAACCAACGUCAUAUCGAAUGCGCCGGGGGUGUUGAUACGCGGCGUCACCAGCCUGCCAACAAAGGACGGGGCGAUCCUCUCUGAACAACCACCGGCUUCAUUUUUGUGUGAUCAUGCCUUCAAAACGAUGACCAUGGUCUCGCAACCCCGUUCGCACGCCGGGCAGGUGACGAAGCUGCAGGAGCUUUUCCCUUCCGCCAACGUGACCAAGAUGGUGUCUAGGACACCCGGGAUAAUGUAUCUCGAUGUCGAUCGCACCGUUAGGUCCAAGGCGAUGUGGAUACAGCAGGCCGUUGGGCUGGACCAGGAAGGGCUGGACCGUCUAGUGGAACAGGGUCCGUGGCUGCUCAAGGCUGGGUGGGGGCCGCUGGCGCGGCUUGAGUUCGCGAUUGAAGCCGGGGUCGCAACAGUAGACCGGCCUUCCACUAUUUUUUCGCUAGUGCGGAGGUCUCGGUUAGCUUUCGCCAGGGCCUACCACGAAUCGUACGGGAGCUUCUUGCGUAAAAAAAUAGAGGAGGAAGCAAUAGAACAGGGAGGUAGUGAAGGGGGGGGAGGGGGCGGGGACCUGCGUCAUCCACUGGCGUGGCGGGCGGCAGCUGGCAACGACGUCGAAGGGGGUCGUAGGGUAUCGCGUCCCGUCUCCCCCAAGAAAGGUUCGGGACCGACGGCAGCUUCCGCGACGCUUGACGGGAAGAGAACAGCUAAAUUAGAGCACGCCGGGGCAACAGCGGGGGUUGUCUUGGAAUCGGGAGACGGGAAGGAGGACAAAGACGCCUUGAUGGAGAGAACGGCGUUAGAGGUGGCUGGGCUGGAGGACGCAUUGGGGCGUGGGCGCAAGUCGCGGUUAGGCGGGGUGAAAGACCGGCCGCCAAACCCUGGGCAGACUCCUCUCGCCCGCUUACAAGGCAGCCAGCAUGAGGGCGACGCUCUGCUAGAUCUGGGAAGAGAAAAAAUCGUUGCGUAUGACUCCCCCCCGCAACCUCAACUUGGUGCGUAGAGUGCGCACGCAAGGCGGUAAGGUUUGGUCGAAAGGCAAUAGAAAGGAGUAGCAGCUAGCCAAAGCCUAGGUGCCAUUAGAGCAGGCCCGAUGCUACGCUAAUGUGCUAUUUUUUAGUGUACCGUGGUGACAUGUUGGGCAAGGCGUUAGGGGGGUAAGUGUUGGACGCAUGGUCGAAGGGCGCGAUUGAACAACGUCAACUUCUUGGACCUGUACAUACCAUCAUUCAAAUGUUAUUUGUUCCGCGGCACGUGCCAUGGGCGAUACGGUACGGAAUUGGCCAAGGCUCCGUUUCAAAGUCCUCUACACGGUCAAGUUUAGCUUCCCGUGUUGAACGAAAUUCACGCCCAGGUCACCAACAUUGGACACUGCCUUGUUUGCACGGGACCAGAUCAAUUUGAGACGUUUCUGAGAAUUCGUGGUUUUCGUAUAGGUUUUUCCAGGCGUUUUUGGGAGGGAGGGGAUGAAGCUUUUCGUCCAAUAUCUCGAUAACCACACUCGUAAUCAUGCCGGUUUUUAUUUUGUUCUUGGCUGAUAUCGGCGGGGUUUGGGCAGGCGAACGCGAUGGCGCCCUAAAAAAAAAAGAAAAUC